ACCUUUCUAAUUGCCCUUUACUUUAUUUACAUAUAUAAGAGAGAGCCGAAGUGAGAGAAUGAGCAAGGCAUUGUGAAGAGAGAAGAAGAAGAAGAAGAAAGGCAAGAAUUUUUUAUUUUUGUUGUUGAUCUAUUCCCUUAGGCUGGUUGUGGAAAUGGCCACCUUUGGAGGAACACAACAAAAAUGUAUGGCCUGUGAAAAAACUGUGUAUCUUGUUGAUAAGUUGACUGCUGAUAAUAGGAUUUACCAUAGAACCUGCUUUAGAUGCCACCAUUGCAAGGGUACCCUUAAGCUAAGCAACUACUGUUCUUUCGAAGGGGUUUUGUACUGCAGGCCUCACUAUGAUCAAAUCUUCAAGCGAACUGGAAGUCUUGACAAGAGUUUUGAAGGAACACCCAAAAUUGCCAAACCAGAAAAACCAGUCGAUCAUGAGAAUGCAAGCAAAGUGUCAAACAAGUUUGCAGGCACCAGAGAGAAAUGUGUGGGUUGCAGUAAGACUGUUUACCCUAUUGAGAGGGUGACUGUGAAUGGAACUCCAUACCACAAGAGCUGCUUCAAGUGCACGCAUGGAGGGUGUACUAUAAGUCCAUCAAACUAUAUUGCACAUGAGGGAAAACUCUACUGCAAGCAUCACCAUAUCCAACUCUUCAAGGAGAAAGGAAACUACAGCCAGCUCGAGACAGAGAGAGAACCAGCAGUCACCACAGAGAAAAUCACAGCCAUGGAAAUUGCUGCUGAAUCAUAAUAAUUAAAUCAACUGAUCAAAUAAUAAAAGCAGCUUCUUGUCUGUUAUUGCCUCUCUACAGAGUACGUGUUAUUGCAUUGUCUUGAUGGGUUAAGGUCGAUGUUUUUUCAACUGUAAGAUUGGUGCUCCAUGGCUACGAUUGUGGACACUUCAAAUGUCUUAACUGGUUUUUUCUUGUGGGGUUGAGUGAGAUAAAGAUACAAUGGAAUAUGUCCGUACAAGUUUUGUUUCAGUAUUUUCUUGAUACAUAUGAAGAUACCCUUUUUAUGUCC